AUGGAGUUACACGUGGAUGGAGUGAAGUCCUUCAUCACUAAAGAAGAUCUGCAAACCUAUUUUUCGAGAUUUGGAGAGGACGAGGGUGUGAUUAUGAAUAGGAAUCCUGUCACUAACAGAUACUGCGGGGAUGCCUUUAUUUAUUUCGCAUACAAAUGGGACGAGGAAAGCAUUUGCAUGAUGCAUCAUCACAUCCGUGGCGUGCAAAUUAAUGUAAAGCAGUGCAUUUCAAUUGUUGUGGAUGGAGAUGACGAUGAAUAUGACGAUGAUGAUGACAGCGACCAUGACUUUAGCGUCGCACUUUCGACUUCUGCGGAACCAAAUGAAACUGUAACACUUGACAUCUCUGGUGCAUAUGAAGCUUAUUGGAAAAUACGGCGUUACUUUGAGCAAUUCGGUAAUGUCGUGAAAUUAUAUUUGCGCAGACAUCCAGUGACAAACUGGCAUUAUGGAAGGGGAUUCGUUAAACUGCGUACCACAUGGAAUAUUGAAACGCUAAUUGCCAUGGAACAUGUCAUUUCUGGCGUCAAAGUCCAUGUGGAGUUGCCUAGAUAG